AUGUCCAAGGUUAACACUGCACAAGUUAGAGAAAACGUCAAGGAACUUCUAAAGUAUUCCACUGAAACUAAGAAGAGAAACUUCUUAGAAACCGUUGAAUUACAAGUCGGUUUGAAGAACUAUGACCCACAAAGAGACAAGCGUUUCUCUGGUACUUUGAGAUUACCUCAAGUUCCAAGACCAAACAUGACCAUCUGUAUUUUUGGUGAUGCUUUUGAUGUCGACAGAGCUAAGGGUUUAGGUUGUGAUGCUAUGUCCGUUGAUGACUUGAAGAAGUUGAACAAGAACAAGAAGUUGAUCAAGAAGUUAGCAAAGAAGUACAAUGCUUUCAUUGCUUCUGAAUCUUUGAUUAAGCAAGUUCCAAGACUUUUAGGUCCUCAAUUAUCCAAGGCAGGUAAGUUCCCAACCCCAGUCUCCCACUCUGAUGACUUAUACGCAAAGGUCCAAGACCAAAAGUCUACCAUUAAGUUCCAAUUGAAGAAGGUCUUAUGUUUAGCAGUUGCUGUUGGUCACGUUGAAAUGGAAGAAGACGCUUUAGUCUCCCAAAUCAUGAUGGCUAUCAACUUUUUAGUCUCCUUAUUGAAGAAGAACUGGCAAAACGUUGGUUCCUUAGUCAUUAAGUCUUCUAUGGGUCCAGCUUUCAGAUUGUACUAA